AUGGCAAAAAGGGUCGCAAUUUACUGCCUCACUUACUGGUGUCGCUAUUACUCGGUGCGUUCUGACCAUAAUGUCGACUUUGGAUAUGUUGCGGAUCGGCAGGUGGCAGCGGUUGGCCAAAUGUUGACUCUGAAUGAAGUCAUUACCGAUCGUCAUCAGGGAGGAAGCAUACUUUUGAUUGAAGUCAUUGCCUAUGUGGAGGAGUGGACUCACCGAGCGCUUGCGUCUGCAUGCCAAGAUUGUUCUCGUUAA